UAAGACAAAAUAAUAUAGUAAUAGUCGAUUCUAGACGAUGCAAAGACAUACUUGCGGAAAUCUCGACGACCCAAACCCAAACCAACCAGUCAUAAGCUUCUCUCUUUUGACCCAUAUUGCCAAUUCACAGCGCAAACAAACAGAUGAAAAGAAAAAAUAAAUAAAAGGGAGGUGGGAUAACAUUCGUUGCCAUGGCAGCAACUAGAGCUUCUUUGUUUCUCGCCGGUUCAUCGUUGAGGUUAGCAGCCGGAAAGUCCGGGAGGAACCGGCAUGUAAACUUAUCUCGACGGAUGGCGGCGUCGGCAGAGCGGAUAUCGGCGGCGGAGACCGUGACGACGAGUUUAAUAGAGAAAGGAAAGUUGUUGGAGGAGAAAAAGAAGAAGAAGAAGAAGAAAGGAAGGAAGGAAGAGAGUGAGUUGAUAUCAAAUGUUUACUCCAAUCUGGAGGAGAUAAAGGAGGAGAGUCGAAAGACGUUGAAAGAUUAUUUCCAAGAGUGUAAAGAUUUAAUCAUCAGAUCAAACGAUGGGCCGCCUCGCUGGUUCUCUCCUUUGGAGUGCUGCUCCCACAGUCGUGAUUCUCCUCUCCUUUUGUUUUUGCCUGGGAUUGAUGGCACGGGGCUUGGACUUAUAACACAUCAUCAUAAACUUGGAAAGAUUUUCGAGAUGUGGUGUUUGCACAUUCCAGUUAAGGAUACCACCUCAUUUACAGACCUAGUGAAGCUGGUUGAAAGAACAGUAAGGUCAGAGUACACAAGAUCACCACUCCGACCAAUUUAUCUUGUUGGGGAAUCUCUCGGAGCAUGCAUUGCCUUAGAUGUUGCCGCUCGUAACCCUGAUGUUGAUCUUGUGCUAAUUUUGGUUAAUCCAGCUACAUCAUUCGGUGGGUCACGAUUACAAUCUCUAAUACCUUUAUUGGAACUCAUGCCUGAUCAACUCUUUCUGAGCCUCCCUGAAAUGCUGAACUUGGUGUCAGGUGAUCUGUUGAGGAUGGGAUGGGAAAAUGUGGUGAAGGGACUUCUGCCACUCCAACCUUUUGGAGAGCUAUCACAGGAUCUUACUGCAAUGUCAUCUUACCUCUCUGUUCUGGCUGAUAUGUUACCAAGAGAAACACUUCUCUGGAAGCUACAAAUGCUUAAAUCCGCUUCUGCAUCUGCCAAUUCACACCUCCAUGCUGUAAAAGUUCAAGCACUGGUACUAUGCAGUGGAAAGGAUCAGUUGUUUCCCAGUCAAAAGGAAGCCCAACGACUUCGCCACAUGUUGCCAAAAUGUCAUAUACGUAUGUUUGAAGAAAGUGGGCAUUUUCUCUUCUUGGAAGACAAUGUUGAUUUGGUAACAAUCAUCAAGGCUACUAGUUUCUAUCGUCGUGGAAAAUACCUUGACUAUGUGUCUGAUUACAUGCCACCAACACCAUAUGAAUUCAAGAAAAUACAAGAAUCAAACAGUAUCUAUAAGUUGACGGUUGGCAGGGUUUACCUUCUGUCAGCCUUGCUGAUCAAUAUGCCUUUAGUUGACAGGCUAUGCUCACAUUGGCAGUUCCUCAUCCUAGCAGAUUCGGUUAGUUUUAGAAACACAUUAUUUCUAAUAAUAUCGUCUCUCAAUAUUGUUGUUCCUAGAUGGGUUCUUGCUGUCACUAGUCCUGUGAUGUUCUCAACUUUAGAGGAUGGCAAGGUGGUGAGAGGCCUGGCUGGAAUCCCCUUACAGGGACCAGUCUUGUAUGUUGGCUAUCACAUGUUACUGGGAUUUGAACUGGCUCCAAUGGUGAUUCAGUUUUUGAUGGAGAGAAAAAUUCUUUUGCGAGGGAUAGCUCAUCCAAUGAUGUUUAUUAAAUUGAGAGAAGGAAAAAUGCCUGAUCUAGCUGCAUUCGACACAUUUAGACUAAUGGGUGCAGUUCCUGUGUCUGGACCCAACUUCUACAAACUUCUGUCCUCAAAGUCUCAUGUCCUACUGUAUCCUGGAGGUGUUCGUGAGGCUCUUCACCGAAAGGGUGAAGAAUACAAGUUAUUCUGGCCAGAACAGUCAGAGUUUGUCAGGAUGGCGUCUAAAUUUGGUGCAAAAAUCGUACCCUUUGGUGUGGUAGGAGAAGAUGAUGUUGGUGAGCUAGUUUUUGAUUAUGGUGACCAAAUGCGAAUUCCUCCCUUGAGGUCGUUCAUAAAAGAACUCACAGAAGAGGUCGUGCAAUUGAGGACUGAUGCAAAUGGCGAGGUUUCAAACCAAGAUAUCCACCUUCCCGGAGUUCUUCCUAAAUUGCCAGGCCGGUUUUAUUAUUAUUUUGGGAAACCUAUCGAAACAGAAGGGAGGAAACAAGAGCUAAGAGACAGAGAGAAAUGCCAUGAAUUGUAUUUACACGUAAAGUCGGAGGUUGAGAGAUGCAUGGCCUACUUGAAGGAAGAAAGAGAAAAAGAUCCAUAUAGGAAUUUAUUACCUCGGUUGUUAUACCAGGCGACGAAUGGCUUCACAGCUGAAGUUCCAACGUUUGAACUUUGAUUUACAUCUCUGCACAAUGAAAGUUCGAUUUUAAUUUGUCUUUUAAGAGAAGCUCAAUCAAGAACGUUCCCCAGUGAAGGUUGCAAAUGGAGUCUUUACUGAGGGUUGGCCGUCUACCAAAUGGAGACUUCAAUAAGAAAUUCUGAAUCUUGAUUACUGAUUAGACAGUUCCAAAAAGAAGAAAAGAACAAAAUAAGGAUGCAAGUUUGG